AUGUCUUAUUACGGGUACCAAUACAAGCAGCAGUACUAUAUUCCAAGUGGAACAAAGUGUACAAUGCCAGUCAUCACCCAGUGCCACAACCCUGGUGUGGCAAAGUGUGUGCCAUGCACACCGUGUGCCCCCAAAGGCUCCAACUUGUGCACUGUGAGGAAGACCAUAGAGAGCAGCCCCGUGUGCUACACGUCAUGUCCAUCACGUUGUGUUGAGACACACGUCAUGGAAGGCCACUCUUCCUCCUGUAGCUCCAGGUCUUCUGAUCUGUGCACCAUGGCAUUCCCUCAGCCUCAAGUGCAGGUCAGGGAACAGCUCUGUGUGCCACAGUGUGGACAGGCAAGUGUUACAAGAUGCCCUCAGAUAUGUGCUCCAACUCCUGUGUGCAGCUCAUCUCCUUACUCCUACCAGUGGUCCAAUAGCUACCAGUACAACUGUGGGCAAUAA